AGAGAGGCGUCAACAGACACUCUCAAACGUGCCGAGAUUUUUCUCUUUUUAUGAACUGCGUCCUGGGUAUUUGGCCUCACGCUGCUUUCCGGGUCCGGAUUCAGAACCAGCGUGUGGCUCGUCCCUGCUGCCGGAUUUGGAAAGAGGGCCUUUUUUCAUUAUUUUUUUUUUCUUUCCAGCCCGCUAUGCGCGGCUCAGGAAGUGGGCGGUAUUAUGAUGUGAGAGACGCUGGGCAUUCCGUGAGAGCUGGUGACAGCGGCCCGGCGAGGCUCACAUUCCACAGCCGGGACGCCCCCAUGUAACGUGCACCCCCUCCUUGCACUGUAAAUGUACCCUGUGUUUCAUUCACUGGACACGCUCAAAGGAGGUCCAUUCUGUUAUGUCUCAUGACAACAUUAAAACAGAUUAUGGAUUAUCAGUAUAACAUACAUCAGUAAUAUGGCAGGUGGACUGAGAGAGACACUGCAUUGUCUGACCAGGAUGCCAAUUCCCCCAGACAUAUUAUACGGAGCAAAGUGCGUCAUUGCACGCCUUUUCACAACUACACUGUGCUGACACACAGACAGACUGAGUGAGGAGGUAACAUUCAGUAUUCCCACAAGAUUAGUGCAUACUAUGGUUAAGAAAAGCAAGUAUUGAUUAAUUUUAAAAAAAAAACUAGCCAUAGAAUACCUCACAUUUCAUUUCACAUCCCACAUAUGCUUUUAAUUGCAUAUUUUUAUGCAAAAAUUAAAAUUAAUAACAUUCUGGAUAUAUUUGGGGGGGGGUUUGAUUUAAAUUAAUGCAAUGAGCAGCCCAGCAGUUUCCGACCAAACCUCUCACAGCUUGCGGUCGCCAUACAUGCAGUGCCAUGGUCCCAAACACAAUGUGUGUCGGGUGACAGUCACAGACUGUCACAAGAGGCAGCGGGUACAUCCAGGUCCAAAGGUUCUACCUGAUCUGUUAUUCCAAUGAGGGGACAAUGGCAGAACAGUAACAGUGUUCACUUGUGAGGCCACAUGGGAAAUAACCAAGACAGAACGCAGAAACGCAAGGCAAUGAGAACGCGGACGGGCCAACAACCCCCAUCCCCGAUCAACAGCAGAGUCAAAUCCACUUUACUUGGUACCGGAGGAUUUUAACUAACCUGGAGAAAUCCAACUACUGCCCGGUUCAGAGCCAAGAGAGCAUUAUGAAUGAAAACUACAACAGCCAAUCAGAGGCGUCUAAAUGCUCAGAUUAAGGUGUGGCACAAAUUUAACAAUUCUAAGAAUCCAAAGAAAGGUUCUAUUCUCAACCACUGUAAAUACAAAGCAAGGAAUGAUGUUUGACUUAAAGCCUCAAAUAAACAAAAUAUGCACUUCUUGGAAAUAACAUGUCUAUUCACAACUGCCAAAGGUCAUUUAUACGACAUAUUUGGCAGAUAUAAAAACAGUAUCUUAGUCUCUCCAUACAUUUGUUCCCCCACACGGAUGCCAUUUCAUGGCAAAAUCUCAGAAACCGCAAAGGUGCAGCAAAAGCAUCCAAUACAUGAUUUAAAUAGAUAGUCCUUUUGUUUUGUUUAGAAUUCAGCUUUUAAUAAUCUAUUUUUUCCCAUAAGACCCCAUGUGUCCUGAUAUAUCCUACCACAAAGGUUAACUGAUCUGUUGCCUUAGGACCUCACUGUACUUCCACCAUCAGCUAACCUGCCGCCCUCCCCCAUAUUAGCAAUCCUGUUGGUGGACGACCCCAAGCGGCCGAGAAGGCCUGUUCCAAAAUGUCUCCACAGGCCACUGCAGCUCCCCCACCUAAGCGAACAUCCUGCUGCCUCACUAGCUCAGAAACAGAUCAAAAGCUACGUCUGGGUAUGACUGUAUCGGAUCUGUUCAUAUUUCAGGCUUUGUAUACAACACGACCUAAGCUUCACGACUGCCUUUUAAUAUAUUAUCCAUUAAAGGUUAAUGCUAAACUCCACCAUCCCUCUUCAGUCUUUUUUAUUUUGCAUGUUGCAGCUACACUACUGAAGUUUUGCGAUGAGAUUUAAACAAAUUUAGGUGAGCACUGUAUGAGGACAGACCUGCCUUUUACGAUUUUUUAGAAGCUGACGCAGCUGCAUCUCAGCUUUUAACAAGGAAACUUUUUAAACAGCUGGGGUGGUUUAUAACUCCUGUUGAGUUAGGAGCAUUCAAGCACUUAACUAACCGUAAGUUCACUCUUGGGUAUAUUAUAGUUGGCCUUUGGCCUCCCAGUUCCAGGCGCUCCUUCUCUGUCUUAUCACGACAAGGCAUCAAGCAGCCUGGAACGGGGACUAGGGGAGACACGCCGCUCCCAAGCUGAAUGGACCGACAGCGAUCACGGCACCAAGGUGAGUUUCCGAUCGGAACCUUGCUUAGGAAAUAUGGAGAGCAUGGAAUGAAGGACCAGCAAUGGUGAAGUCUUCACCAUUUCUUAAACAAGCAUGAUGAAAACAGAGGGUUCUGGGGAAAGGUCCACCCUGCGGAGUGCUUCUCCCCAUCGGAACGCCUACCGAGCCGAGUUCCAGGCCCUGAAGAAGGCCUUCGACCAGCCCAGGCAGGAUGGAGAACAUAAACACAAGGACCCAGAAAAGGCCAAGCAGCCAAGAGGUCGUCAGUAUGGCAGCCACGUCAGCCGCAUUAAGGACAUGUUCAUGCAGAUGGGGACAGAUAAGCCCGGGGCGGCCUCCAAGAGCAAAGGGAAGGACGAGCCGUCGCCACAGAAGAUCACCAAACCCACCAACUUCGUCAACAGGGCCGACGGCUCCGUGGUCAAGCUGCAGCCCGCGCUUGGCGAACGCACCGCCAAGUUCACGGAGACUAGGAAGAUCUUCGAGCAGAGCACCCGCGAGAUGUCGCAGUCGCCGGUGUACUGCUCCGGUCGUGAGAAGAGAAGCCUGCAGGACCACGCGGAAGAGUGGAGGGGCACGCGCUCCAACCGGGGAAGCACGGACUCCCUGGACAGCCUGUGCUCGCGGACGGAGGCCGCGUCCCCCACCGUGAGCCAGCUGAGUGCCGUCUUCGAGACUGCCGACCAGCAGCACGCCGUGGGAUUCAGGAGGAGCGCCGGGCGCGCUCUCUACUCUCCCGAUGGCUUCAACCGACAUGCCGAGCUCAGCGAAGACGACGCCAGCUCCCGACAGUCGCCGUCCCACGGCAGCCACAGAUACCGCGGCGGUAAGCACGCCAUUCCCCCGUCAUCGUCCUCGGAGGAUCUGCUCAGUCCCAGUCCCCUGUCAGACGUGGCCGAUGGUGGCCAGGCUGUCCUGGACGGUCCCCAGCCGAAGGAGGAGGAGCCGAAUGAAACUGAAGCAGAUCAGGGAGACGGUGAAGGUGUAGGCGAGGGAGAGCGGCCGCAGAAUCAGCAGAGGCAGGUGGGCACCUUGACUGAGGCCGUGGGAGUAAGCACAGACUCGGUGUCCAGCAAGGCGGCGGUUUGUGACGCUGUCACCGAGAAUGCUCCAGACGCAGUGGCCAACGAGGUCGAGCAAGACGGGCAAGGUCACGCCGCGCAAGGCCUGGCGAAAGAUCCCAACGAGGACUACACCGGCAACGAGAGGGUGAUUUUCAACGCGGAUGGCGAUGCUUGUUACCAAGGCUGGGGAGAGAGCUGCACAGACCCUGAGGAUGACGAGGACACAUGCUACGACCCGGGCUCCGAGAUCACGGAAAUCCCCGGCUUGCUGGAAGAACCGGAAGACGAGAUCCCCAAAAGGAGGAAAAUCAGAUUCAGUACUGAGCCAAUGACGGUGUUCAACACGUACUCAAACGAGGAUUACGACCGGAGAAAUGAGGAGGUGGACCCAGUGGCUUCCUCCGCGGAAUAUGAGCUGGAGAAGAGAGUGGAAAAGCUGGAACUUUUCCAAGUUGAGCUGGAAAAAGACGAUGACGGCCUGGGAAUCAGCAUCAUCGGGAUGGGAGUGGGCGCUGAUGCAGGCCUAGAGAAGCUGGGCAUCUUCGUCAAGACUGUCAUUGAAAAGGGGGCCGCGGAGAGGGAUGGCAGAAUCAAGGUUAACGACCAGAUCGUGGAGGUGGACGGGACCAGCCUGGUGGGGGUCACCCAGAGCUUCGCUGCGUCCGUCCUGAGGAACACCCAGGGCGUGGUCAGGUUUGUGAUUGGCCGAGAGCGGCCCGGCCAGGUGAGCGAAGUCGCCCAGCUGAUCAGCCAGACGCUGGAGCAGGAGCGGCGGCAGCGGGAGAUGAUGGAGCAGCAGUACGGGCAGUACGACGCAGACGACGACGAGACAGGGGAAUACGCCACUGAUGAGGAUGAGGAGGCGGGCCGGGCCGUAACGGGCGGGGAGAUGACCAUCGAGGUGUUCGACUUGCCAGAAACCGAGGACAUGUAUUCGCCCUCAGAGGUGGACGCCACCAAGCUCUCGCAGAAGUUCCGUGAGCUGCAGAUCAAGCACACUGUUACUGAGGUAGAGAUACAGAAGCUGAAGAACAAGCUUCAGGCCGUGGAGAAGGAGAAGCAGCGCUGGGAGAAGGAGAAGGCCCAGCUGAGGCAGAGCAUAGAGGACAACAAAGAGAGGAUGAUGAAGCUGGAGGGCUACUGGAUCGAGGCGCAGACACUCUGUCACACAGUCAACGAGCACCUGAAGGAGACCCAGAGCCAGUACCAGGCUCUGGAGAAGAAAUACAACAAGGCCAAGAAGCUGAUUAAAGAUUUCCAGCAGAAGGAGCUCGAAUUCAGCCAGAAAGAGGAGGCUGAGAGGAAGAAGCUGGAGGACGCUGACAAGGCUCAUUUGAUAGAGAUCCAAGGAUUGCAACAGAGGAUCUCAGAGCUGGAAGCAGAACUGGGGCAACUGAUAAAGCAAAAUGGCACGCAGGUGAACAACAACAACAACAACAACAACAGCGUGAGGAGCAGGGCUGCGGAGCGGGGAACUGAGGGUCAACAGAGACCUUCACAGACUGCUCUCACCCAGGCGAUUCCGGAGGCGCGGCGGACGGACGGCGAGGUCCCAAAGGCUCACGUCCAGCUUCCGGCAAAGACCUGCGGGCAGAGAUUCCCCAGAGUCCCAGGGAGAGGCAGCGCCAGCUACACAGAGGGAGACGAUGGCUGUGAGACGAAGGCAUCAGAAGGCUGCGGCGACAAUACCUCCGGACCCAGGGCCCCGUCGGCAGCUUCAGCGCCGGAUGCAGCCGGGGAGAGCCGGGAACAAGGCUGUCAGUCCUGGAAGGGUUCUAGCUCGUCGCUGGUCCAGGGGGAGAAAGCCAGCAGGAGAAUCCCCGAUAUCAGCUCUGCGUUCAGGGGAAGCAAAAGAAAGGAGCCCAAGCUCUCAUCUGAAAACAGCUCCACAGAGCCCUCAGCAGAGAACAGCCCAGAGAGACACAGGAACAAGAAAUACCUGUCGUGGCCCAAUUUCUUCUCUUUUUCAUAUAAUGUGAGCUCGGCUCAGGGCGAGGACCCCGGGAAUAUGGACUCGGUGGACUUCAGCGGGCCAGUGGCUGAACUCAAAAGUUUGGGACGCUCGCACACCUCGCCGCCGUCAUCGGAUGAGAGCUUGGAUAUGAUAGAUGACGAGGUGGUUCAGAAGAAUUUGGAGGAAGACCAGUCCCCCAAAGACCACCACUGGCAGAAUCGCAGUGUCCUGGAGUGGAACUGCCAGCAGGUGUCCCAUUGGCUGAUGGGCCUCAGCCUGGAGCAGUAUGUCCCAAAAUUCACUGCCAAGAACAUAGAUGGAGAGCACCUUCUACAGAUGGACAGCAGCGGCCUUAAGGACCUGGGCGUGGUGUCUUCUCAAGACCGUGCUCUGAUCAAAAGGAAGGUGAGGGACCUCAAAGCGAUCAUGGAGAAGGCUCGGAAGAACCGGGAGAAGCUGGAGAAGCACAGGGAGAAGUUACGCAGGAAGGAGACGGAGCAGAUGCAGAAGCUGGCGCGGAAAGGCGGCGGGCCCUCUGGGGCGCCAGCAGGGGGCGCCGUCGAGUAGCCUGCCGAGGCUUGCGUGUUCUUCAAAGCAGCACUACCUACAGUGUGGAGACAGAGCAAGACCUUUGCUACUGAAAAAUUACUUUCAAGUGUAACUUUCAAAAGGCUGCUGGUGGCGAGGGGAAAACCCAGAGUUCUACACCUGGAUGUGACCGGAGACGCGGGACCCUUUCCUUGUUGCACUCGUCCUUUGGUUUUAGGGAGUUCCCUCAUCGUUCACUCCUUUUUUGA